GUUAUUUCAUUGGCUUCGUAUUUUUUUUCGCUGUCAUCCCAAGUUAAACGUUUCGGCCAGCGACAUUUUCCGUCGGCUGGAGGUGAUUUUGGCCAAAAAAACGCCCUGAAAAAGCCGUAAAAAUGUUGGGUCGCGCAGCACCAGGGGUCUGCCAAGUGGUGGCUUUGGCCAACCAGCAGCAGAACAGGAACAUGGCUACCCUGAAAGCCAUUUCCAUCCGUCUGAAGUCUGUAAAGAACAUUCAGAAAAUCACCCAAUCCAUGAAGAUGGUGUCAGCUGCUAAGUACACUCGUGCUGAGCGUGACCUUAAGGCCGCUCGCCCCUACGGCGAGGGUGCCGUCCAGUUCUACGAAAGGGCUGAGGUCGCCCCACCGGAGGAUGACCCUAAGCAGCUGUACAUCGCCAUGACCUCCGACAGAGGUCUCUGCGGCGCUGUCCACACGGGUGUGUCGAAGGUGAUCCGCACCCGUCUGGCCGAGCCCGGCGCGGAGAACAUCAAGGUCAUCUGUGUCGGAGACAAGUCGCGCGGUAUCCUGCAGCGACUCUACGGGAAACACAUCAUCAGUGUGUGCAAUGAGAUCGGUCGCCUGCCCCCGACCUUCAACGACGCGUGCAAGAUCGCGAGCGCUAUCCUGGAGUCUGGAUACGAGUUCGCGUCCGGCAAGAUCAUCUACAACAAGUUCCGCUCCGUCGUGUCCUACCAGCAGUCUGAUCUGCCACUCUUCAGCCAGAAGGCUGUUGAGAACGCCCCCAAGCUCGCGACCUACGACUCAUUGGACGCCGAUGUGAUCCAAUCCUACAUGGAAUUCUCCCUCGCUUCCAUGCUGUUCUACGCUCUCAAGGAAGGAGCCUGUUCCGAACAAUCAUCCCGUAUGACUGCCAUGGACAACGCGUCCAAGAACGCCGGGGAGAUGAUAGACAAACUGACGCUCACUUUCAACAGGACCCGUCAAGCCGUCAUCACCCGAGAACUUAUCGAGAUCAUCUCCGGUGCCGCUGCCCUCGACUAAACAUUCUUGCAGUCGUUUUGCUGAGAUUUUUCUAGCACUAUCUCCUAGUAACACUGUAGAAUUUACUUGUAGAAUAUGUGUGUGAAAACGCGGGCGUUAUUGGUAGAGAAGAAAUAUUUUUCUGGUCUGUUCGUCUGUUAAUUGGUAAACUAUGUUCGACACGUAUCUUUUUAUUGGUUGUUAUAAGUAAAAACUUAGAUAAAAACGUGUUUAAGUUUAGGAAUCAUGCGAUAUUUGAAAUCAAUAAAUCGAAAGAUUUUUAAAUGUAAGAAAAUAAAAAAUACGUGUAUAAUAUUUUUUUAGUAAUCUAUCAGACGGGGUUUUGAUAAGGAAGGCUUGUGAAAAAAAUAUAGUUACAAGUGAAUUCUACACAAUUCUACAUAGUUAUAUCAAGUUUCGGCGCAUUUAUCUAUCUAUCAUAAAUAGAAUAUUCAAAUCAAAUUGUUUGAUCUCAACAAAACGAUGUGAAAAUGAAUCUGAUCAAUAUUUAUUGUAACCGGUUUCAUGCAAAUAGUAUGUACAUACGAUGCCGACAUUCCCGAACGAAUGUUCUGUAUUUCGGUGGAAACUCACGCAAAUAUCGCUUCACUGGCUUCAACACCUUCCGCUGAUGUACAGGAUACUUUCGAUUAAUUUUUCUAUACUGUGCUGUUCACGAAAUGUUGUUAUGUAAGGAUACAGUGGUGGCUAGCAAUUAAAUACCAUUUUAGAAGA